AUUUUCUUCUUUCCUUCCUUCUACUUCCAUCUCAAUACCAAGAAGAGGUGGUGUUGGUAAUGGUGGUGAUUGUGGUUGUGGCAGCGGCGGCAACACCUUGAUGGUAGUAACCGUAGCAGUACCAUGGAAGGUGGGACCACCCCAGCACGGAAGGUGAUGGUGGUAGCAGACCCUACCCGGGAAUCAGCCGCUGCCCUCCAAUAUGCCCUCUCCCAUGUAGUGAUCAAGCACGAUAGCUUAAUUCUUCUCCAUGUUGACAACCAUAAUGCAUGGAAAAACCCGUUUUCGUUCCUUAAGUGGCCGUCACCGUCUGCUGUCUCUGCUGCUGCCUCCUCUACUGAAGGUGGCGGUGGCGGUGUCAGUGGUGGUGGAGACUUGGAUUUUCUUGAAGUGAUGAGGCGUGCUUGUGAGAUUGCUCAAUCAAAGCUUCAGGUGCAUGUAGAGAAGGUGGAGAUGGAUGGCAAGGAAAAGGGUGCUGUAAUCCUUCACCAUAGCACAUUGCACUCGAUUGAUCUCCUUAUUAUAGGGCAAAAGCGUAGUCUAUCAAAUGCAAUAUUAGGGCAGAGGCGGAAUGGGUCAUUGAGAGGACUAGACACAGCAGAGUAUUUGAUAGAGAACAGCAAGUGCACCUGUGUUGCAGUUCAGAAAAAGGGCCAGGAUGGAGGCUAUCUUCUCAAUACUAAGUCCCAGAGAAACUUUUGGCUCUUGGCUUAAAUUUGCAUUUCAUGAAAAUUCAAUUUCCCCCUUGUUUUACUGCAUUCAUUCAUUCGUAUCAUAUCAGUUUUGAUUGGAUCAUGAAUUUGUUAAAGAAAAAAGAAAAAGCAAAAAGAAAUAACAUGCUUUGUAUCCUUUUCGUUUUCC